AUGGAUAUUAGUAUGGCUUCAAUGACUGCAUCAGCCUACGAUACGGCCGAAGAGGAUUUCCAGAGAUUCUUCGAGAAAUGGAGGGACAAACAAAUUGAGAUUCUCCAAAAACUCAACAACGCAUCGGAACAGUUCUCCGGCGGCUCCGGCACCGGCUCGGGCUCGCCGCCGGUACCAACAGAUCCGAGUUCUAUGGUGAAACAUGUGGUGGGGCUUUACGAGGGGUAUUACAGAGACAGAUCCAAAUGGGCCGACAAGAACGUACUCUCAAUGAUAUCCCCACCAUGGACGAGCACCCUGGAGGAUGCUUUCCUCUGGAUUGGUUCCUGGAGACCCACCAUGGCGAUUCACCUUCUCUACUCAAAAUCAGGGCUACAGCUCGAAGCCAAACUCAGCGAGUCAAUACUGCAGGAAAUCGCCUCUGCCACGACGACGAAGUAUGAUUUGGCCGAUUUGUCGGCGAGUCAACUCGGUAAGGUCGACGAGUUACACCGGAAGAUAAUCACGGAAGAGAAGGAGAUAUCGGAGAAAUAUGCGAAGCAACAAGAGAGAGCCACUGAUCAGGAUAUGGUGAAUCUGAGUCAUAUGGUGAGUGAAUUCAUGAGGGGUGAAGAGAAGGGUUUGAGCAGGAGGGAUCGAGAAGCAGAGGAAGAACAGAUUAAAUCGACUUUGAAUCUGAAAGAAAAAGGGCUUAGGAAGGUUUUAAAGAAAGCUGAUGAUCUCAGGCUUAGGACCCUGAAAAUGGUGAUUGAGAUUAUGACUCCAAAGCAGGCAAUUCAUUUCUUGAUUGCUGCUACUGAGCUUCAGCUGAGGUUGCAUGAAUGGGGAAUGGCUAAAGAUGCGAGGGAGCUUGACUACGGCGAUGCUCAUUCCAGUUAUACACCGCCAGAACAAACCUGA